UUUGAAAAUUCAGAAAUUCCUUCGUUUAUUUCCGCUUUUCCAAUAACUUUUUCAUCAAUCACAACUAUAUAAUUUAAUAUAUUUCUAUCAAGCAAACAAAAUGCGUUUUUACCUAUUCGACGAGGUGGUGCUGCAUAACAAAAAGGAUGAUUUCUGGAUUGUGUUGCAUGGAAAUGUGUUGGAUCUGACGCCGCUCAUGAAAGAUCGUUACGAUCACUGGAAUAGCAAUUUGGAAUAUUUGCUCGCCUUUGGCGGCAAGGAUCUUUCCCAUUUCUUCGAGGAGACACUCAUGCCGAAAACGGAAACAUCGCCGGUGACUGGGCGACCGCGUCUACUCUUUCCACCCAUUUUGGAAACGGCGCUCAGCGAAAUGUGCAAGACAAAGGGCAAACUCUGGAGUCAGGAUCCCAUGUAUCACAUUGGCCGCUUGACAAGGCGUGCACGACGUGUGCGCAUCAUCAAUACGCUUACUGGCACUACGCAACUGAUGAAAGUCUGCGACGAGGAUACAAUUUACGACAUACAACAUAAGUACAAACAAUUUUAUAACCACCACGCGGGCAGCUAUGCAUGGCGGAAAUUUUCGAAUAUGGGCAUAUGCGGUGGUAAAUUAAUUCUGAAAGGCACUCUGGAGGAAAAUGGACUGAUUGAGGAGGAGCAGUGCAAUUAUGAUUUGCCACCACCAUCGAUAUGGUUAUAUUAUACGAAUGAUGUGACUGUCGCAUAAAUAAACAAAUAAUCGACAAUAUGAGAAAAUAUCA